AAGAGCGGUACCACGUGCUGCGGAGGAAGUGAACUGACAACAGUAGCGGGACUUAAGAAUGGAGAGGCACAGUCUCUCCUGCUUUAUAUCAGACCAUGAAGGUUUCCAUGGGACCAUAAAAAACUCACCCCAAGACUUUGUGGUUAUUGAGAUAGACAUCAAUGGACAACUUGUUAACAGUUCUAAUGUUCAAGAAGAACAUACAAAAAGUCCUUCUCAACCAAGUCAAGCUACCAAAAGUGAUGAUAAAUUAAAGCAAUCUAAACCAGAUGACACUGACAUUUUAAAUCAGGAUUGCUUUGAUCUGAAUAUAAUCUUGGGUCCAGCUGUGAACAAAGAGUUGGAACAUUUCACUAACAAAGUGAGAGUAAGAGCUGGUGAGCAAGAAAAGGUGGAACUGUCAUUGGGUACUUAUCCUGAUAAACACCUGAGAGCUGUUGUCCAUAGAGCAGUACGAUACAACUUCCCCUUCCUCCAGACUGUGACCAACCAAUCAGAAAUUCAGGUCAGAGAGGACCCAGACUUCAAGGAGCUUGCAAGUUUAGUCUCUGAGGGAGAAGCUGAGGAGUUCUUAAGGUUCAUCGAUGCCAAAGUACCUGGUUCUGUGUUCACCUUCCUGCCAGAUGAUAGCAAGGAGCACCGAACUUCAGUUCACCAUUUUGUUAGCAGGCGGUUUGGAAAGCUUGUGGAAACCAAGAGCUUCACAGACCAGCAGAAGACGUCCAUUACAGUGAGACUAAGAGAGAGAAGCAAACAACCCAAAAAGAGAACAACAGCAGAUUUUCAAGAGGAGGUGAUAUUAUACACAGCUUUCACACUGAGAAAGGAGAACUUGGAAACUUUGGAGGCCAUCAGCUAUAUGGCUGCUGUACUCGGAGUGCUUCCGUCUGAUUUUACCUACGCAGGAAUCAAAGACAAGAGAGCCAUCACCUACCAGGCCAUGGUGGUGAAAAAGAUCUCUCCAGAGUGGUUGUUGGACAAAGUCUCAGAGUUUGAGAGGAGGGGAAUGCAGAUCUCUCGUGUCUGUCCUGUGUCUGAACCCCUUAAGCUCGGCAGACUCCAGGGAAAUCACUUUGAUCUUGUCAUCAGAGACCUGAAGCCUCAUGGGAAACAUGGACUUACAGGACUGCAGCAGUUUGUAAAAGAGGCAGUGGAAAAUGUGAAGAACAGAGGCUUUGUAAAUUAUUAUGGUCCCCAACGGUUUGGAAGUGGAUCAUGUGUCCAAGCAGACCAAGUAGGACUUGCGCUCUUGAAGGAGAAAAUGGAGGCUUCUGUUAAGCUGUUCUUCACCCCAGAGGAUGGUGAAGAUCUCCAGAACAAGGCAAAACGUCAUUUUCUUCUCACUGGGAAUGCCAAGGAGAGCUUGGCUCUCAUGCCAGCUUACAAAGCCAGAGAGCGGCUUAUGCUCCGUGCGCUUCACAGGUACGGCAACGGACAGGAGGGUUGCAUACGUGGCUGGCUCAGUUUACCCCACAGCAUGAGGGUCUUCUACCUCCACUCUUACUGUAGCAGAGUGUGGAACGAAGCAGCCAAAUACCGGCUCCAGAAACUGGGCUUUAAGCCUGUCCAGGGAGAUCUGGUUUGGGCUGGAUCUGAAAAGGGACUCAAUGACACCACAGAGGAACUGAAUACUCCACAGGUCCAUGUUGUGACCUCUGAGGAGGAGAAGGAUGAAGUUUUUUCAUUAGACCAGGUAAUUCUUCCGAUGCCAGGGAAUAGUGUCAAAUACCCAGAAAACUUGCUGGGUCAGUGGUAUCAAGACCGACUGGCUCAGGAUGGCUUGGGGCCAUGCCGUUUUAGAGUGACUCCCCUUAAACUCAAUGUCCCGGGAUGUUAUCGCCCCCUGCUCGCAAAGCCACAGAAUAUCACCUACAGCCUGCGGACCGCAGAGGAGCAGCAGGGUCAGUCAGACGAGACUUGCACACCCAGUCUGUCACUAACCUUUGACCUGAAUGCGUCCUGCUAUGCUACUGUGUGUCUUGGAGAGAUAAUGAAGAGUAAUCUUUCAUAGUUGAUUCAAUGACAGUGAUUAAAAAUGUUUACAGACUAAAUAAUGUGGAUCUUUGGUAACGUCAAAUAUAAGGGGCUGUUUUGUGCCAUAUUAUGUAAAUGACUACUAGGACUUCCUGUCAUAAAGCAUUUGUGCCUUCACUUACGGGAAAAGAAGAGGAUAUUCAGUACCGGUGUAAUUGAUGAGGAGGAUGUGAGAGAUCUAUCUGGAACUCUCGAUAGGCCUUGAAGAUGUACAUGCAAAGAUUUAAUAAAAAUCUUAGACAAAUCUCAUGAUUGUUUGGUUGUGUUUCAGUAAUUGAAUAUUUCAGCUUCAUGCAUUUAAACACAUAACUGACAUCUGACAUACUUUAUGGCUUGUUAAAAACGGAUCGGAAUAUUUGAUCUUAUUUGGGAGAAUAUGUCACUCAUGACUGUUUUGAGAUCAAAUCCCACUAUCACUUAAUUUGAAUUUUUGUCAUCGUAUCUAGCAAAACCCCCAAAACAUCUAAUUGCAAACUCGGAGGAUAACUGACAUUCAUACGUUGAUAAAGCUUUUUUUAAUCUUGGUGUUCUGAGUUCAAACCCCACUAUUGCUUAUGUUAAACUUUAGUCAUUAAAUUGAACAAGGUUUUCUAAAUGGCCGUGUUGCAUGUUGAAACCUCAAUGGUGUAGUGGUUAGAUGUGCUAUUUAGAUAUAGUUAUAAUUAGGACAUGGGUUUAAAUCCCACACUUGUUAAGGCUUUUCAUUAUUUUAAACAAAGCUCUCAAUAAAACCUUGUCCAAAAUACUGAUCAGACCCAUAGAUUCCAUGGGUCAGAAGUUGAUGUGUUAUAUUUCCGUCUGGGAGACCCAAGUUCGAGUACCACAAGUGUUUACUUUAAACUGUUCUCAUUAAAUCAAUGUCUUUAAAUGGACAUUGUUGUUGCGAAAGCCGCGAUGGUGUAGUGGUUAAACACAUGUUAUUUGAGAUAAGGCUGUGACUGAGACAUGGGUUCAAAACCCUCAAACUCAAAGCUUUUGUUCAUAUAAUACAAAACACUCAAUAAAAUCCAC